GUUGAUAAAUAGGUCUUUCUGGCCGCUUCUAAUCUCAGCGUGGCGUCAGGGUUGACACCAUCCUGUCAAAAGGCACCAUCAGCUGUGCGAAGAAUGUAUCACUGACUGAGGCGCGCUUGUUGAAUGGGUGCACUUCAAAACGGUUCCUGAACUCAGGCAGCGAAGGGUUCCAAUCACUGCUACGGUAUCUCUCUCAAGAAGUGCGAUCGGGUCAGCAAGUGCCCUCACUGUUCAGCAGGCUGAGCCUUAUUCUAUUGGCGUCAUGGCUGCGCCGCCCCAUGUCGCUGGACUCUUCAUCUAUCCUGUCAAGUCGUGCCGAGGCAUUGCCCUGCAGAGGGCCCACAUCACAGAGUAUGGCUUUGCUUUUGACCGCUGGUGGAUGGUCGUCAAUGACAAGGGCCGCAUGCUGACGCAGCGCCAGGCGCCCAAGCUGGCUCUCGUGGAGACGGCCCUUCCCCCAGAGGCUAUCGAGGAGGGGGCCUGGAAGCCGCUGCCCCCCGACGCCGCACUCAGCCUGAAAGCCCCUGGAAUGGGACCCCUCCAAAUCUCCCUCGCCACGCUUAACAGUGGGGGUGGCUUCUUAUCCCGGGUGUUUGGAACCUCAACCCUGCCGAGGUUAGUGGAAGCCUCAGUGUGGGAGUGGGCGGGGCAGGCACUAGACGAGGGGGACGACGCAGCGGCGUGGUUCUCCGACUACCUCGACCGGCCGUGCAGGCUGGUGCGAUUUGCGCCAGAUGUGAACAAGAGGGACGUCGAUCCAACUUAUGCAAGUGGCUAUACCACCCAGUUCACGGACGGGUUCCCAUACCUGGUAGCAUCGGAGCCAUCGCUCGCCGCUUUGAACGCAAGUCUGGAACAACCGCUGCCCAUGAACCGCUUUCGACCAAACAUCGUGGUGGACGGUUGCCAGCCGUUCGAUGAGGACACGUGGGCGACGGUGAGCGUCCGGAGCCCGGGGGGAGGGACCGGGGUCACGUUCCGGGGCGUCAAGCCGUGCAGCCGGUGCAAGGUGACCACCACCGACCAGGCCACCGCAGAAGUCGGCAAGGAGCCGCUAGUGACUUUGGGAAAGAUUCGGCACGGAAAGCAGUUGGAGCUUCCUCGACCGUUACAAGGAGGCGUUUACUUUGGGAUGAACAUGGUCGCCGAUGCACUUACUUCCGGGCAAAGCAGCGCCACUGUCGGCGUUGGCGACGUGGCGGAAGUAGUGACUCAGCUCCCAGUGGGCGUGCACAUGGCCCAAAUCCAUUCAGCGGCGGCAGCUAGCUAGAGCCAGCUCUGGUAGGCCCGUAAUGGCUUUCGUCUCAGAUUAUUCUGUUCGUGCACAUAUGUAAUUAUAGCUUGAGUCUUGACGAAGAUACCAAGGACAGCUUUGUAUUGUUCGUACAUAUCCAGGUGUUGAAACCGCUCGCCGUAAGCAGCGCCAGAAGUUGCUUCCUAGGUCUACAUGUUGACUUUCUUCAAGCGGGACAGGGAAUGUGGGAUUGCGCCAUGGCUAGUCAGUUUGCAUAUGUAGGAUAUGUGCACCCUGAUUGCAAGUAUGCUAGAAAGCUAGUACGAUUCAACUCUCCAAGGAGAUUAUUGUGUAGAUAUAUGGACAAUACGAUCACCGUCCGGGGUCCGAGCAUAUAUUUGCCAUCGUUAGAUUGUGUGUGAACUGGAUAUUGAACUGGUGGCCCUUGCCAUUACGAGGAUGUGAAGGAUCACGCCUACAUGCAACGAACGGGUAAGUCGACACCGGCGGCACAUAUGAAAUUGUGUGGUUGUCGAGUUCUCUUCUCAGAAAUUUUGGUGCGUGCAAGAGCAAGUUAAGAAUUGUACGUGCGUUCGUACGCUUGAAGUACGAAAUGACUGGGGUCUUAGCCGGGCGAACGAUUCGGAACAAUCAAG